GCAGGAGAGUGCGCAUAGACUACCAAUAGGAGCUUCAUUACUGGCGAUCUCUCCGCCCAGGAGGCGGGCUCCGAGAGUGGCUUCCGGCGUGACCCCGCUGGUUUGCGCUCCCUCCGACAUGCAGGGCAGCACAAGAAGAGGAGGAGCCAUGACGGAUGUGCAUCGGCGCUUCCUCCAGCUGCUGAUGACUCACGGUGUGCUGGAGGAGUGGGAGGUCCGGCGUCUGCAGAACCACUGCUACCAAGUCCAUGACCGAAAUGCUACUGUAGAUAAGCUAGAGGACUUCAUCAACAACAUCAACAGUGUCCUGGAGUCUCUGUAUAUUGAGAUAAAGAAAGGAGUCACAGAAGACGAUGGGAGACCCAUUUAUGCGCUGGUGAAUCUUGCUACAACUUCAGUUUCCAAAAUGGCUACGGAUUUUGCAGAGAACGAGCUGGAUCUGUUUAGAAAGGCUUUGGAACUGAUUGUUGACUCUGAAACUGGCUUUGCUUCUUCGACAAACAUUUUGAACCUAGUUGAUCAGCUCAAAGGCAAAAAGAUGAGGAAGAAGGAAGCGGAGCAGGUGCUGCAGAAGUUCGUGCAGAGCAAGUGGCUGAUCGAGAAGGAGGGGGAGUUCACGUUGCAUGGCCGAGCUAUCUUGGAGAUGGAGCAGUUCAUCCGAGAGAGCUACCCAGAUGCUGUGAAGACUUGCAACAUCUGCCACGGCCUCCUCAUCCAGGGUCAAAGCUGUGAGACAUGUGGAAUUAGGAUGCAUUUGCCUUGCGUGGCUAAGUACUUCCAGUCCACCCCUGAACCACGCUGCCCCCACUGUAAUGACUACUGGCCUCACGACAUACCAGAAGUCUACGACCCUGAGAAGGAGAGGGAGGCUGGCAUCUCCAAGUCAAGCAGGAAGUCCUUGCGGACCCGGCAGCACUAGCCGUGCCCUGCCUGCAGUUGUCUCUUGGUGGGAUGGCCCACACAGCCCAGUUACAACUGCCCUGCUCCUUUGUUGAUACUUGCUUUUAACACAUUUUUAUUAAAUGUUUCCUGAUGGA